AUGAGCCCCGAGCCGGCACCCCAGCCUCCGGAGCCCCGGGGCGUGCGCUACAGCCUCGAGGAGCUGGAGCCCUGGGUUGAGAGCCUGGAGGAGGACGCCGAGGCCUCCCUCGUCAGAGAGUACCAGGAGGCGGCCGAGCUCUUCCGCUCGCUGGUGGCCGGCCUGGCGCAGCCGGACCGUGUCCUGUGCCUGCAGCUUGGGGACGCGCUGGCUCGUGCCGGCCUCCUCCCCGAUGCCAUAGGCGCCUUCCGCGGGGCCGCCCUGCUCGGCCCCCUGAAGCCCGCGGAGCUGGAUGAGCUGGCGAGCGGCCUGGCGCGCGCCCUGGGCCUGCGCAAGAAGCGGUUGCGGGAGGUGGCGAGGUUCGGCUGCGCGGCUGGCUCCCUGGGGCCGGUGACGCCCCGCGACUUGCUGGGCUGUCCGCGCUGCCGGCGGCUGCUCUACAAGCCCGUAACUCUGGGCAGCGGGCUCACGGUGUGCAGGCGCUGCGUGGAGCUGGUGUCCGGGCGGCCGCAGGCUCGGCGCGUGAACGUGAUGCUGAGCGGGCUGCUGGAGAGAUGCUUCCCCGUGGAAUGUCGGCUGCGCAGGCUGGCGGGCCAGGCGCGGGGGCUUCUACGCCAGCAGCAGCCCGAGGCCGCGCUGCUCAGGUGCCAGCAGGCCCUGGACAUGGCCCCCAAUGACAGCUCACUCCUGCUGCUGCGAGCUGAGUUAUAUCUAAACACAAAGAACUAUGAGCAAGCCCUGCAGGAUGCUGAUACGGUCUGUCAGAGGGAGCCUCUCCUGACUAAGGGGCACCAUAUAAAAGCUCAGAUUCUUUAUGGAUUGGGAAGAAGUAAAGAAGGCCUGAAGGAAUUUGUCUACUGCCUUGCUUUAAAUCCUAGAUGUAACUCAGCAAAGAGAGAAACACAGAAGGUAAUAUGUGAGGUGUUCUUUUCAGCUUCAGAAAGUGAGCAUCAGAAUUCGGCAGCUUCUACCCAAAGUGAACCAGAGGCCCCCUGUGAUGGCCAAAUGAAUCCCCAGUGUCCUAUGGAAGAAGGCAGGAAUGCUAACACGGGCAGUCCUGAGAAUCCAUCUGAGAAGUCUGAUGCAGUCAAGAAGGAAGCCAGUUCUUCGGUUUUGUAUUUUAUUCUGGGCCUACACCGUGAAGAGGACAGAAAGGCUUUGGAAAGCGUCUUCCCAGCAGCACCAAGCAGCACUUUAAAGAGACAGCUCCCAAGUGUCCCAAGUGACAGAGAAGAUGAAUGUGACGGGAACACCCCUGAGAAAGUUCCCAAGAAAGAUGUGGAUUCCUCACCUCAGGGGAACGUGAACUCUCUGGAGGAGCCAGAGUUCACGAUUGACCUGGCUGACUUUGAGUGUGCUCUGUGCAUGAGGUUGCUCUUUGAACCUGUCACUACGCCCUGCGGACACACAUUUUGCCUGAAAUGCCUCGAACGCUGCCUCGACCAUGCUCCACACUGUCCACUGUGCAAAGGCAAGCUUGCAGAAUUGCUGGCAACCAGAAACUUUAACGUGACUGUUCUGGUUGAAGAACUGAUACUCCGGUACUUACCAGAUGAGCUGUCUGAUAGGAAGAGGAUUUACGAUGAAGAAAUGUUGGAACUAUCGAAUCUGACCAGAGGUGUGCCCAUCUUUGUGUGUGCCAUGGCCUUCCCCACAGUUUCCUGUCCUCUCCGUGUCUUUGAGCCCUGCUAUCGGCUCAUGAUAAGAAGAUGCCUGGAAACCGGCACCAAGCGGUUUGGCCUGUGUUUGUCUGCAGAGAAUGCAGGGAUUUCGGAGUACGGCUGCAUGCUGGAGAUAAAGGACGUCAGAACCUUCCCAGACGGAAGCUCCCUUGUGGAUGCAGUCGGGAUUAGCCGCUUCCGAGUGCUCAGCCACCGCCACAGAGACGGCUAUAACACCGCGGACAUUGAGUACCUGGAAGACGACAAGGUGGAAGGUCCGGAGUAUGAAGAACUCACCGCCCUCCAUGAGUCCGUGUACCAGCAGGUUGUUUCCUGGCUUGCUUCUCUCCAGGAUCCCAUGAGAAACAAAAUCCUAAGCCAUUUCGGGUCGAUGCCAGACAGGGAUCCUGAGCCGCAGAGCAACUCUGUGGGCCCCGCCUGGUCCUGGUGGAUUCUGUCCGUGUUGCCGUUGGAACGUAAGGCUCAGCUGGCCGUUCUCGGCAUGAACUCCCUGAAAGAGCGGCUGCUUGCCAUUCGGCGAAUCCUAGACAUCAUCACACAAAAGAUGAACAGUCGCCCAGAGAUGGCUGAUAACGCACAGAGAGAUAACUGA